AUGGUGGAUGGUAUUGUCGAGCACUGCUCUUUUCCGAUCGUCCUUGCCCUGUUCGACAGAAUUGAUGAUCGAAUUCCGUUCUCCAAUAGUACAUUGCCGUUUCUAGCAAGAAAAUUCAACGAGAUAAUCAUUGCAAUCUUCCUCGAUCGACACGGCAGUAACUCGCUUAUUAACGAGGAGGUUCUUGCUGCUGCCGCUUCAAAUGGCGAACAUGGGCCUGACGUCGUCACUAUCCUUCUACAGCGCAGCCAUGUCCUUCCAACCGAGAGCGUCCUGCUGGCUGCAGCCACAAAUUUGGGGCAAGGUCUGAAUGUCUUUAAUAUUCUACUUGCUCAUUUGUCCGAGACAUCAGGAAAUAUAGUGGACACAGAUCGAAAAAACGAUGCGGUCGCAUUGGAAGGUUUAUUAGCAAAGGAUGUCCUUUUUGCAGGGCUCGAGACGUGCUUUGCCGACACUGUGACUAAAUAUCGCAGUCAGAAAAUAUAUUUCACUGGCGUCACUCUCCAGGAUCGGGUAUUGCGUGUAGUGGCUAUGUUGAUUGAGUGUGGAGUCUCUGUCGUCUUCAACGAAGAUGAUCUCCUCAGGCUUUUUGAACUCUACACGCUGGGCCCCCAUUCUCAUUUCAUCCUGCAGACACACAGAGGGAGGUUACCGGCCUUCACCCCCAAUUUGAUAGCGAGAGUCCGAUUGCGAGUCACAAAGUACCUGUCUUACAAGGUGUUCCGUUACGACCCGUUGUUUGUACCCGCAAUUCACCUGGCGAUCAGGGAUAUUGAUCCCAUAACCUUCAACUCUUUGAUCAAGAGGAGUGAACGUCCAUCCCAGGAGGUCAGCGCAGUGGUGGAGUCAUGCAGUCAGCAAUGGCUUGGGAAACAAACUGUGCUCCAAGUGUUGAAUUCCCAGGAAUUGGAAAUUACAGGAGAAAUGAUAAUAAAGGGAGCGCUCGAUCAAUUUGACAGCUUCGAGCUGUUACGACAGCCAAAUCUGGGGCCUGUUGGACCUGAAUCUAAGUCUGAGAUUGUUGACGAGGAAACCUGGAUCUUCAUGGUCUGGAAGUUCACCGACCUCGACCUGAGUCGCCUCGAUCCCAGUCUUGUGGACUGGAAAGAGGUGAUCGAAAAAGCAGGCCGUCGAGGAAUGAUUUCAGAAAGUGUGUUGUCCUCAGUGAUUCGCACGAAGAACUAUGAUAUGGUCGACUUGUGCCUGAAAAAUUACCACAAGCCGCUGGUCGUGACACAACAACUCGUGGAUUCCUUUGCUGGUUUUCCUCCUCGGUUUCAUCUCGAACCGCGCGCACGUCCAGAUGUGAAGAGCCUGCGCAGGUUACUUCAACAUGGGACGCUCGUUCACCCCAUCCACUCAUCUAGUAUCGAAAGAAUACUCGAGAUAUUCGGUUCUGGAAUCGCAGAUGAACUCUUCAAAAUCACCGAAAAUCGGCUAUUAGUUGACGAAUCCGUCUUGGUGUCCAUCGUAUCCACAAAAAACGUGAAGAUUAUCAAGUCAUUCUUCAAAAGAUACACGGAUCAUCUGACUAUUACCCCCAGGGUUCUCAUUAUGGUCCUGCAGACAGAUGCACCAAGUCAUGUUGAGGUAACAACCAACGAUGAAUAUGGUGAACCAGACGAGACCUCGGAGUGCAACCCCGGUUGGCCUGAAUCCGACGAACUCUACGACAGUAAAUCUUCUGAUCACUCGAGCGUGCUUAAACCUCGCCAAUAUUGGUAUGCUGAGCCGCAGGUGCCCAAUGAUGAAAGGGACGCUGAGAAUCUGAAAAUGAACGAAGACACAAACACGGCGUACUACACCUCUGCGUAUUUACUUGAAUAUCUGCUACGCUACUGCACAUACGACCCUAUGGGGCUUACGAAAGAUAUUCUCCUGUCUGCCGUGGCGAAUAGAGAGUGUGAGGCCCUUUUUACGAUUAUUGCCAAAUACUACAGCCUUGAAAGCGUGAGAAUUACGCAAAACAUUGCCCAGGCUGCUGCAUCCAACAGCAAGCGAAAUGUGCAACUUCUCCUGGACUGGUUCCCGGGAAAGGUCCCAAUUACAGAGGACGUUCUUAUUGCAGCAGCAAGAAAUUCUAAAGAGAGCUACGAGACUCUUCGGCUACUGUUCUCUUGCUCUUCGUACCGGAUAUCAGUAUCCAAAAAGGUCAUGAUAGCGCUGUUGCAGAAUCCCAAUUCUUGCCCUUCUGCCUUUCGACUUGUGUUUGAAUAUGGAGGUAGCAGUCUACUCAGGAGCCAGGAAAUCAAGACUUCGAUUGUUAGAAAUGCAGGAAGAGGCUCGGUUUUGCAGUUCUUUCUGGAGCUUCCUGGGUUCAGCCUGACAGUGACCGAGAACAUGGUCCGAUCGAACGAAAACGACGGGGAACCCCUAAUAAGCAGCAUUCUUCUAUUUAAGGACCGUAGAGUCAGGUUUUCCCCUGCUUCGAUUGCAUUCGUCAUGGCCAAGGGAGACGCAGACUCCACUAUGUCCCUGUUGGAGAAGCUCGCCACUGACCGAGAAGACCACCACUUAACGGAGAAUGUCUUCCUCCAUGCUAUAUCGAAUGAGCAAGAACGGGCUUGGUUUACGGUACAUCAUCUAUUGCCACUCAUAAGCAAGUUCCUCACCGAGAAAGCCUGGAUCGCAGCUGCCAAAAAUAAAGUUAACGGGUGGACUCUGAUGCAAAUGUUCGCAGAUUAUGACCCAACUUUAGAAUCAAUGACUCCCACGGUACUUUUGCAUGCUGCACGCAAUGACCUGCUCGGCAAUGACAUUCUCAAAUGGCUUUUAUCUUACCAUCCGUCUAAAGUUCGGUUCUCUGAGGGCAUCCUGGCAGCUAUCUCGGGGAACCCGAGCUGGUGGACGGGUGAGCCUCUCACCAGCGAGAUCUAUCGGCCCCAUAUAUGGCAGAAUGGCCCCAUCCUUGAGGUAAUACUUCAUCAAGCCCAGGAGAAUGCAAAGAUCACGGAGAAUAUUCUUAUAGCUGCAGUCAAGAAUCCUACGCACAGUGCUCGGUAUCUCAGAGUAUUGCUCCAACAUCCUACGAGAGAAGUCUUGAAUCUUCAAAGGGUCGCAGCAAUCGCUGCAGCCCAGGAAUCCGUGGAAAUAAAAUCACUUCUCAGCUUUUUUCAGCACGGUGCUAGAACCAACGAAGAUAUAGUGGUAGCAGCAAUGAGAAAUAGUCAACGUGGCGGGGAUAUUUUCGAGCUGCUUCGCGUCGAGAAUCUCUGGGGCGACUUCGUUGCCACUGAUAAAGUGCUGUCGGCAGCAGCCGAUAAUGCAGAGAACGGAAAUGACUUGCUCGAAGACUUUCUGAGAUCUUAUCAGGGAGUCAUUGUGCUUCAAGACGAGCAUAUCGAAAAGGUCGCCAACUCCUUCAGCUUGGAUGUGAUGCGUCAGUUGCGCAUUCGCCAGAGGUUUCCUGUUUCCAACCCGCUACCUGUUUUCGCUUAUUCUCACUAUCUUUUCUAUGUCCUCCAUCGUUGGUUUGUGCUAUAUUGUUGA